AUGGAAGUCGAGCAGAUCUUUAACCGUGCGUUUAAUGAAGUGCUAAGCGGAGUUCUAACCAUGAGCGUUGGCUGGCGCCGCUCAGGGGCCUUGACUGCUCAAUACGAGAAGAGGCUUGGUGAGCAGCUCAAAGCAUCCGAGGAUAAACAUGCCGAGGAACUUAAGAUGGCUGAGCACCAGGCUACCUUGAUCAAAGCCAUCGAAACUAAAGAGAAGUACAAGGAGGCUUCUUUUCAUAAUUUCAAGGAAGCCUAUAAGCUUCAAGAUGAUCUAGUCAUCAGCAGAAAGGAGACUAAGGGGUUGGAGGAAUGCAUCAAAGAGCUCGAGGAGACAAAUGCCAAGAACCUGGAGAGAUAUAAGGGAGCCACUUUUAAAUGCUUCUAUAUGUUCUGGAAGCAUAACCGUGGGGCAGAAUUCAGUUAUCUAUCAGAGCGUAUGAGGCAUUCUGAGAUAAACAAGUGUCUGGCUCGCCUUGAAGAGGAGGAGAGAGCGAAAGUUCCAACAUCCCCUAAAACCUCUUUGGCUACGGGCACCGAUGGCUUGGACGAGGAAAUUGGGGCCUCCGUCGACCAGCAAAUUCCUCAAGAUCCUCCUGCUUCAUAA